AUGGCGGAACCAGAUAUUCAGGAGCUCAGUGUGCUUCCAGAACAGGCGCAGGAAGAUGCCCUCCAUGCGAACCGUCUGCUGGCCAUCGAAGAGCGCCCCUUCCAGCGCGUGACCAAGGAUCUUCUCUCCAAGGACUCUCCGCUACGAUACUCUCUCUCGUACCUUCCGUCUCCACCUCCCGAAGGAGAGGAUGAGGUCUCGCCCGAAUACGAUGCGCAGAAGAUUGAAAAGUUCCGCGAAGAUGUCUUGAUCGACUUUGCAAGUCUUGAAAGCAGCAUCAUCCGCAUACAACUUAUACUGUCAUCAAAUGAGCGCGAGCGAGAGCGAUAUGCGGCCGAGAAGGCCAAGAUUCUGGAGACAGCGCAGGCAGUACGUGACAACACGGUCGAACUCAGAUCACAAUUGGUAGACGCCCAGCGCGUGCUGGAGCAGAGGAGAGGGUAUGAUGAGCAGGCUUCAAAGAUUCUGGAUGACCGCAAGCUCAAGAGUCGAGAUGAGACCAAGGUAGACAUUGACAAGUUGGAGAAGGAGAUUGAAGACCUGCAACAUGAAAGUGCAGAGUACGAGGUCACCUGGGUGUCGAGGAAGGAACAGUUCAACAACAUUGUUCGCGAGGGCGAGGCUAUGAUCCGUCAAAUCAAGGGUAUCAAAGAUGAGCCGGAGCCCGAGAAGGAUGAGAAUAUGGAAGAUGGCGACGAUGGACUCAAGGCCGAAACAAGCAGAAUGCAGUCCCCAGCUCCAGAUGCCAGGUCGCCACAACACAGCGAUCUGGGCGGCGCAACUCCAAUGCAUGACGGUGGAGAGGGAGGUGCCACACCACGGCCUGCGAACAAGUUUUUGGAGGUGGACGAGGCGACCCGGACUAACAGCAGGGUCUCUUCGCCGCAUGUGCAGGCCACUCAAGUCCAAGACGAUAUUGAAAUGGGAGAAGCGAGCAUUGCAGACUCCAGCGCAAACGAGCAGAAGGUGGCAGAGAGUAUGGAAGCGACGGAGACGAACACACCACAAGUCUCCACUCCUACUGCUGAUGUCGCUAUGGAUGACAGCUGA